AAUAAACAACCGAAGGAGGAAACGAUGACGUUUCGUGGGUUCUGAAGCCCUAGAAAUGAACUGAAUCCGACAUGUAUAUAAAGCACAUCAAGUAGUAAUUCCUCUGAAUUUCUCAGCUUUGCCAAAACUCCGCUGAACAGGAGAGUGAGGAAAGAAGAGAUGGUUGGGCACAAGAUUGCACACGCAACCUUGAAAGGUCCGAGUGUUGUGAAGGAGUUAGUUAUCGGUCUUGCACUAGGGCUAGCGGCUGGUGGGUUAUGGAAGAUGCACCACUGGAACGAGCAGAGGAAGACGAGGACAUUCUAUGAUUUGCUUGACAAGGACGAGAUUAGCGUCGUUGUUGCAGAGUAGUAGUAGUAGUAUUUGUAGAGAGAGAGAGAGAGAUCUUCUCCUCCAACACUAAAUAUUUUGAUGAUGAUGAUGAUGAUCACUUCUAAAUUUUAGUGUUUGUUAUUAGUUUCAAAACCUAUCACCAUAGUUAAUUCAUUCUUGUUACUUUGGCACAA